AUGUAUUGGCAGGAGAUUUUAGAUUUUAACUCUCAUGCGGAGGACUUCGGAUAUCCGACCACAGACCCAAGAGGUAGAGAAGUUGUGGACUUCAUUGCAUGCAACGGACUCAUUCUUCAUAACGUGCCGGACAGUCUGCCGACCUUCGAGACCCAAAUGGGAAAAGGAUGGCCCGACAUCACUCUGUCAACAGCGCGUCUGGCUCAGAAAAUACAGCACUGGACCGUAAGUGACACUCCCUCAAACUCGGACCAUCGCUAUAUAACGUUCCAGAUAGGUCAGCCACAUGCGCAGUUUAUGAACAAGCGUUAUAGAACCAAUGGCAGAAAAUUAAAACAACUUGUAAGCAGGCUAGGACCAGUACUAGAGCAGGUGGACGAGGCACUUAUGAAAUGUCAGAACAUAAAGGAUGCUGACGACUUAACCACCAGUAUGAUACGAGAUAUUCAAUCUAUCUGUGAUGCCACCCUAGGCCUGAAAUCACCAAAAGUUUUAAGAGUGGCAAACUGGUGGACGAAAGAGCUCCGUGCACAGCGCAGUCGCACCAGGGCACUUAGGCGUAAGAUGAAGAGCGAAAGAGACCCAGACAGGAGGCAAGCCCUUAGUGUUCUUUAUAAUAAAGAGCAAGCUCAGUACAAAAGGGCAAUUGCAGCCGCAAAACUUGCCAGCUGGAGGGAGUUCUGUACUAAGAAUGUAGAAGUCUAUGGUGCUCUCCACAAGAUAGCUUCGAACAAAGUUUACAGACCACCGGAGCUAAGAGCCUUUGCAGGGCAGCAGGCUGGACACAUAACAGAAAUCACGCUCAGGACAAUUCUUGACGCCGUACUUCCGGAAGAGGAUAUUACAGAUCCGUCCGACCACCAGGCUUAUACGCUGCACACAUCUGUCCCAGAUGAUAUGCCAUUUACGGAGAAGGAACACGUUCAGAGUUCAGAGUUGCAAUUCAAGAGUCAAGUUCAGAGUUCAGAGUUGCAAGUCAAGAGUCAAGUUCAGAGUUCAGAGUUGCAAGUUAAGAGUCAAGUUCAGAGUUGCGUCAAGUUCAGAGUUGCAAGUCAAGAGUCAAGUUCAGAGUUGCGUCAAGUUCAGAGUUCAGAGUUGCAAGUCAAGAGUCAA